AUGGGUAGCAAGGAUAACAACGAGAUGUUCACGUAUGCCUUCGAGCGUCUAUCGGAACACGGCCUCGCCUACUUGGCUAUGCUGGACGGCUUCGGCUUCGGCUACUCGACGGAGAGCCGCACGUUGACCGUGUUCGACGCCAAGAAGGCGUUCAAGGGACCUGUCAUGGCCAACAACAGCUACACGCGCGACACGGCAGAAGGUGUAAUUCGCAGCGGAGCGGCCGAUUUUGUGGGCUUCGCUCGUCUGUACAUGUCGAACCCGGACCUGGCCGAGCGUUUCCAGAACGACUGGCCAUUGAACCCGGUGCCUGACUACAAGUACUUCUGGGAUGCUGCUAUGGGCGACAAGGGCUACAACACGUUCGAGCACUACAAGCCCACGGUGGAGGAGCAGCCAUAGAAACUUACUCAGUUGAACCGUGCCAUUAAAAGACCAGAAACAAUACAUACAUACUUUACG